GUCGAAGAAAGAUAAACCUGUUUUCGCGUUUAUUGCUGUACUCCACCUUCUUCACAUCUGUCUUCUCUCUCUCAUAUGAAUAGACCGCGUCCGUAUAUAUAUAUAAAAGUGUACAUGUAUAACAGUGCAUGUAUUAUCUUUGAACACAGAGGAAAGUAAGAGAUCUGUGGGAAAACUAGACGGGUGAGUAUAGAUCUGACGAUUUCCUCUCCCUUUUUCCUUUCCCACGACGCUGACUGAAAGAAUCAAGAAAGGAAAGGAAGGGAAAGAUGAAAAUGGAAUGGAUUGAUCGGUGUUGCUCCAACUCUUCUUCUUCAUCAGUGCUUGUGUUUCUGUUUUUGUUCCUCUUCUCUGCUGCUUCUGCUUCCACUUACAUAUCAGAUGAUAUUUUUGGGUCUCACUCUUCCACCGGCCGGAACCUGCUUCAGGCCAAGAAAGCUUGCCCUGUAAACUUUGAGUUUCUGAACUACACAAUUAUCACCAGUCAAUGCAAAGGACCGCAGUACCCACCAAAACUCUGUUGUGGAGCUCUUAAAGAAUUUGCCUGCCCCUAUGUAGAUGAAUUGAAUGACUUAACUAAUGAUUGUGCCUCGACCAUGUUCAGCUACAUCAACCUCUAUGGGAAAUACCCACCCGGUCUUUUUGCCAGUGAGUGCCGGGAAGGGAAGUUAGGACUUGAAUGUCCUGCAUUAGCACCAACAGAAUCAGCCAAUUCCAGUGGGAGUGAGAUCAUAUGCAAUCCAUCCCAGUUGCUUAUGCUCAUAGCAGGCUUCCUAGUUCUGUUGUUGCGGUUGUUCUAAAAGCUCAAACAUCAUUUUCAUUUUUCAAAUGUUGUAAUUUUUUUGUUGUACUUUCCUAAUCUUGUGAGAAUCACAGUUUCUAAGGGUUUAGACCAUUCUUAGCGUGUAUCUGCUCUCUUUCUAGAUUUCAUAUUCUUUAUCAAGUGUACCCCUUUCAAUUUCUUUUAUGGUUUGUGCAUUACUGGACCAUACGUACUGCAAAAUAGAAUUAUUGACCUUCUGCAAUA